AUGCCCAGCACGGAGGAAAGCUGCCGGAGUGCGGAGAUGGACAGGUUAGCGAGGGAGGAGCUGGGAGAGGAGCCAGCGCAGAGGGAGAGGGAUAUUGAGGCAGUGAGGCAGUGGCUACUCAAACAGCACGGACUUAACGCCAGGACAGACCGCACCACCAUCCUGCGGUACCUCCGUGGGUGUAAAUACUCCCUCGAGAAGACAAAGGCAAAGCUCGAUGUCUACUACACCUCCAAGGGCGCCAACCCGGACAUGUUUCAAGGCCGCGACCCUUCUGAUCCCAAACUGAGGUCGAUUCUUAAGAUGGGUUUGAUGGUUCCCCUGCCAGGCUACGACCAGCAGGGGAGAAAGGUCAUCUUUGGCCGCCUUGGAGCCUGGAACCCUGCCACGCACAGACCCGAGGACCUGUUCAAAGCUGCGGGCAUGUUAUUCGACGCGCUGUUCCUUGAUGACGAACAAACCACCAUCAAGGGAAUUGUGCAGGCCAAUGACAUGACUGGCCUCACUUUGGCUCACGUCACUUCGCUUCCUCUUACGCUCGUCAAACGUGUGCUCAGGGCUUGGCAGGACGGCUACCCCUUGCGACCUAAGGCGGUUCACUAUGUCUACACACCCAGCGCUUUCGAGGCUCUCUUCAACCUGUUCAAGCCUUUCAUGCCGGAGAAGAUGAAGAAGAGGAUCCACAUUCACGGGAGCGACAUGGACAGCCUGCAGAGGAGUGUCCCCAGGGAGAUGCUACCACAGGAGUACGGGGGGACAGCAGGGACACUGGCUUCAAUUGCAGACUACUGGGUGGGCCGAAUUGAUCACCAUCGCGCCUGGUUCCUGCAGGACGAGAGGCACUGCGCCGAUCCCAAGAGGCAACGCUCAGAUUUUUCGGAAGGUUCCUUCAGAAAAUUGGAGUUCGACUAAGAUCUUUCUGUAGUUUCUCAGAUUUUUUCGGUAUAUUCUCUUGGGUGCUUGAUACUGGAUAUCCCGCAUAAUUUAAUAAGUUUUAUUUCCUCUCUCUCUCUCUCUCUCUCUCUCUCUCUCUCUCUCUCUCUCUCUCUCUCUCUCUCUCUCUCUCUCUAUCGUAUAUCUUUUCUUACUAUUUUUUAUUCAUAUUUGAAAUCUAAUUUAUGAUUUUAAAUAGUUUCUUUAACAUGAUUUUUUUUAUAUUUAUUUUUUCAUUCAUUGUUUUUUUUUCUUUUAAAUAAAGUUAUUCUUUUCUUACUUCACUAUAUUUUUUUUCAUUCUCGUUUAUCAGAAUUCCUGUCUUCUUAACUCUUGCUAUCAUUUUAUAUAUUUUUGUCCACUUAGUUUCAGUUUUCCUCUAUUUUAUAUUUAGUCUGUUCCCCCCUCUCUCUCUCUCUCUCUCUCUCUCUCUCUCUCUCUCUCUCUCUCUCUCUCUCUGUGUGUGUGUGUGUGUGUGUGUGUGUGUGUCUGUUGGCUGGUGUAUAGUUGCAAUAUUUGUUCCUUUUUUUUUAUCAUAUUUUCCUUUGUUUUCAUGUUCGUCCUCGUGUCUUUUAUUUGUUAUUUUUUUUUCCAGCGAACGUUUUGUUUCAUCUUAUAUUUUCCUCUCUUUUGAUGUCUUCUGAUUCUUUUGCUUCUGUGUUUGCUUUUUAUUUUUUUUUUUUUUAUCCUUUCACUUUUCUUCUCUUAAUUAGGCGCGAUGUUUUUUUUUUAUUCCUGGCUUCAGAAUGUGUGCACCUCACGUAUGCAAUGUGGAAGAUGGAGGUUAUUUUAUAGGUGGAUCAGUUAUGUGGAAGGAAGAUGGGAAUUAUUUCUGUGUGUGGAUCAGUAGUUUGGAAGAUGGACUGAAUUACUGUCACGUGGAUGAACUAACUAUGUGGAUGGUGGUGGAGGACGAAGUUAUUCUCGCCUGUGGAUCAGCUACGUGGAUGAUUAUUUAUGGAAGUUAAUUUCGGAUGUGGACUAGAUGUGGAAAGUGUAAGAUGUGGAUUUGAUGUAGAAAGUGGAAGAUGAAAUUAAUGCCGAAGAUGGACUUACUCUCACGUGGAUCAGAUGCGUGGAAGAGAAAAAAAAAAAAAAAAAAAAAAAAACAGGUCUCGAUGGAUUACUAAUGGAAGGUGGAAAAUUUACUGUGGAGUCAUUUACGUAUGGAUCAGUUAGACAAUAGGUGGAAUAUAAAGUUAUCUUUACAUGCGGUGCAGUUACGAUUCCCUCUCUCCGCUCUUGACGUCCUUCCACCUUCCGUGCCGAGAAGCCAUCCACGUGAAGGACAUUUUUUUGCACAUUAUGUCCUUUAAUUUGCUGGACACUGAUCUCUCCUUUAUUCUUAGUCUCUCCCCACACACAGCUCUCUUACCUUUCCUAUUCUUCCUAUUCUAACUCCUAUUCAACUGCAUGACUCUCUUCCCCCCACUCAUUCCCCACUCCAGCAAGCUCCACCCCUCCUCCCUCCACCUCGCUGCACCUCUGUCACUCGGCACUCGCGACCUCAUCUGUGCAACUCCAAGUAAUCCGCCAUAAUCCUCACGAACGCAAUCCACUCCUACACAUAAUCCAAUCUGUCGCCUCGCUCUUGGUCUUUGGCUCUGCUUCACUUAAAGUCUGAGCCUUGCCGUUGCUGUUUGCUUUUCCUUUUUUUUUUUUUUUUUGCCUGUAAUCUCCAUCUUUUUUUUUUUUUUUUUUUUUUUGGCUUGUUCUUGCUGUGAGCUAUUGUUACUGUUGUUGUUAUUUUCAGUGUGUUUAUUUACUUAUUUUUUUUAUUCGUUGUUUUCUUUCUCCUCUCCUUUCAUCUUUUAUUUUGGUCUUAUUCAUAUUUUUUUUCUUCUUGUUAUUGUUACUGCCGUAUUUACAAAUGCUGUUGUUACCGCUACUACUACUACUACUACUACUACUACCAUCAACAUCAUUAAUAUUUCACUGUCUCAAUUAAAAGUACAUUUUUUUUUUUUUACAAAUUCUCGUUUAAUCUUUCAAUAUCAGCUUAUCCAGCCACUCAUCAUCAUGAUUAUCAUUAUUAUCCUUAUCGUCUGCUUUUCCCAAAUUCACCUGGUUAUCAUCACCUGUGUGUUAUUAACGCGAUUCCUUAACUUCCUCUUACCUCAAGUUUUCAUUAAAUUAUCUUCACUCACUAAGUCGUCUCACCUGUUUUCUUUGACGUAACUCAUCUGGGUAAUGACUUCACCUGAGCGGCGUCACCUCACCUGUAGCGACCUUCAUACAAGAACUUCACCUGAGCGGCGUCACCUCACCUGUAGCGACGUUCAUACAAGAAGCCCAAUUAGGAUGAUAAACAAUUGCGUGAUUUUUAUUUAUUUUGAAGCUCUAUGAUAUUUCUUAGUUAAUAUGCAGAUUAUGUAAGUAGUAAUUUAUGAUGUAGUGAUAGCUGUGUUGCAUUAUUUAACUAAUGCAUUUAAAGUGUGCAUAAAUUAAUUAGAAACUGUAAUUAGAUAUUAACAAUAAAUUGCCGCGUGUAAUCUAGGGGAGGAAAAACUGUACAAAAAGACGAAAUAUAUAUGAAAGAAAAGUAA